CUCGCCUGAUUACAUUCGUCUAAACAGAUCUCCCUGGUUAUAUGUCCCUUCUCCUUUUCCUUUAAACCAGUCAUAACUCAAACUUAGGGGCGGAAGCAGUGGCCAGCAUCUGAAUUUCCAGAGAAAAAUUCAUUUUCGUCUGCAAUGUCCACGAUUCCCGAAGAAGCUCAGUUGCAAAAUGGAGUCAUACCAGAACCAGAACCAGGACCCGAUCAAAUUACGACAUCGCAAUUAGAACCAAAUAUAGAGCAACCAAAACCCGAAGCAGAAGAAAAACCUGAACCAGAAACAGAGGCAAGAGCUGCAGAUCACAAGCCAGACCAACACAGAGAGACCUCGAUCCAAUCAAAUGAGGAGCAAUCCAGAGAGACCUCGAUCCAAUUAAAUGCGGUCGACGACGUUCCCACCUCGGGGCAAACUACGCGCCCUGAGCUGCGAAAAGACGAAGGUAGCCGGACUUUCACAAUGAGAGAGUUACUCAAUGAACUGAAAAGCGACGAAGGAGAUGAGAGCCUUCAGGAUUCUGCCGUAUCUCCUUACAGUCAAGAGAGUACACCACAGCAACAUGUAGAGAAUGAUCCUGCCAUGGACUUGAUCAACAGUGUAACAGGUUCUGAUGAGGAGGGUCGAUCUCGCCAGCGGGUUCUUGCAUUUGCUGCCAGGAAGUAUUCUAGUGCAAUAGAGAGAAACCCAGAAGAUUAUGAUGCCCUGUACAACUGGGCACUGGUUCUUCAGGAAAGUGCAGACAUUGUUAGUACGGAUUCUACUACACCUUCAAAAGAUGCGUUGCUUGAGGAGGCUUGUAAAAAGUAUGAUGAGGCAACUCGUCUUUGCCCUACACUUCACGAUGCUUUCUACAAUUGGGCAAUAGCAAUCUCAGAUAGAGCAAAAAUGCGAGGUCGUACAAAGGAGGCUGAAGAUCUGUGGAAGCAGGCAACAAAAAACUAUGAAAAGGCCAUCCAGCUAAACUGGAACAGUCCCCAGGCGCUCAACAACUGGGGUCUUGCACUCCAGGAACUCAGUGGAAUUGUUCCGGCACGAGAAAAGCAAACUAUUGUGAAAACUGCAAUUAGUAAGUUCCGUGCAGCAAUAAGGUUGCAGUUUGAUUUCCAUCGAGCAAUUUACAACCUUGGAACUGUUCUGUAUGGACUAGCAGAAGACACACUAAGAACUGGGGGUUCAGGCAAUACUAAAGAACUCUCUCCUAGCGAGUUGUAUAGCCAAUCUGCUAUGUACAUUGCAUUUGCCCAUGCAUUAAAACCAAGUUACUCUGUUUACAGCAGUGCGUUGGGUGUUGUGCGAUCCAUGUUGCCCCUUCCCCAUCUUAAACUUGGAUAUUUGACUGCACCACCUGUAGGCAAUCUGCUUGCACCUCAUAGUGAUUGGAAGCAAUCCGAGUUUAGUUUGAAUCAUGAAAAGCUUCAACAGGUGAACAAAUCUGAACAAAAUCAAAUUUCCCAAAGCCUCUCUGGCAGAUCAGGAGAUAUGAAUAGUGAUAAAAAGACUAUCAAAGUCAAUAUUCCCGAUAUUGUUUCUGUCUCCGCAUGUGCUGAUUUGACUUUACCACCUGGUGCUGGUCUCUGCAUUGAUACAAUUCAUGGGCCAAUUUUCCUGGUUGCUGAGUCAUGGGAAUACCUGGAUGGAUGGCUUGAUGCAAUCCGCCUACUUUACACAGUUUAUGCACGUGGUAAAAGCGAUGUUUUAGCUGGUAUUAUUACAGGUUGAUUAUUUUAUUUAUUGAACAUGUCAGCAUGCAAUUCUUUUCUGUAAGACGAUAAAAGAUUUAUGAUGGAGAUGCUGAUUACUUAGAUUAAGCUUUUGUGUGUUGUAAAUUGUUUUGGCUACUGAAAUUUUCAGCUUACCUCACCCAUUCCUUUGUUUAUCUCUUUCCUCAAUUUGGCUUCGUUGGAUGCUCAUGCAACCCUGGCCAGAAGAGUUAGUUUUGGGAGAGAAAAAUAGUUGGAAAUAAAAGAGAGAUUUGUUUUUUCUUU